AUGCCUUGCACUUUGUACUAUUUGCCUGAAGGACCUCCAUCGAGAGCUGUCAUAUUGCUCAUUAAAUAUUUGGAGUUGAAUGACAUUCAGCUCAAAGUUUGUAGUCCAAUUACGGGCGACACUUCCGAUCCAGAGUUCGUCAAAAUGAAUCCACAAAAAACGGUUCCUUUUCUCGACGACAACGGAUUUUAUUUGUCUGAAUCGCGUGCCAUCAUGAUGUAUCUUAUCCAUUCGCGGAAACCUGAAUGCAAUUUACUCGGAAGAUUUCCGAAAAAAAUCGGGUUAAUUCAACAACGAAUGCAUUUCGAGAUGGGAUCAAUUUCAGGAAUGGCGGCAUUAAUUAUUCGCCCUGUACUUUUCGGGGAAACGACAGUUCCUCCUGCUGCUCCAACGGAAAAAGUUUACAAUAGUUUGGCGAUUGUUGAUGGAUUUUUGGCAAAAACAGCUUUUAUUGCGGAUAAUGUCGUCACGAUUGCGGAUUUUUGUUAUCUUGCGAUAAUAGCUUCGUUUGUCCAUUGUGGAAUGCCGAUUGAAGAAAAAUUUCCAAACAUUUGGAAAUGGUACCAAAAAUGCAAAAAUUUGCCUGGAUAUGAUAUGAACGAAGAAGCAUCCAUGAGACUUGGAGAUAUGUUCAAAAGUAAACUAACCGAAGGAUUCUAA